GUAAAUUCUUUUAUAAUUUUAAUUAUAUAUAAUUGUUAAUUAAUUAUCGUAUUGAAUGAAAUUUAUAUCUAUUGGCUUUUUACUCGUGAAGAAUUUUGCAAAUGUAAAUGUAAAUGAAUAUAAAUAUCAGAUUUAUUUGUAAAAAUGUAAAGAAAUGAAUGAUUAUACGGAUCUUGUCAAUACUCCUAACUUAUCUAAUCUGACAUUGUAUAAAAAACAUAUACAGCAGUCAUCAGAAACAACUUGAACAUAAAAAUGCAUUCAAAAAAUGAAUAUCGUAGAUCAAUAGAUGAAUACAGACCUGCUGUACCAGUUAAAAGAAAAAUUGGUAUGUAUUGGGUCUUGGCUGCUUUGAGAAUUAUUUUGACACUUAUUCCACAAACAGGAUAUAUUCAUCCUGAUGAGUAUUUUCAAUCUGUUGAAGUAAUAUCUGGAGACAAUUUUGAUAUAGAUGUUAAUAAGCCUUGGGAAUUUAAUUCUACAUUUCCCAUAAGAACUAUUUUAAUACCACAAAUUAUUGUUGGUAUACCAUAUUCGAUUUUAAAUAUACUUUCACGAUAUACAUUUUUUUACAUGGGUAUUUCAUUGAAAUCCCCAUAUUUUCUUAUAUUAUUUCCACGUUUAUUAAUCUGUGGUUUGUCUUUUAUAUCAGACUAUUGUCUAUACAAAAUAUGUUACAUGUAUGGACAAAAUUACAAAAUAAGACUGAUUACAUAUGCCAGUUCCUAUGUUAUGUUUGUUUAUUCGACACGUACAUUAUCAAAUAGCACUGAAUUAGUUCUUACAGCGUUAUUAUUAUAUUAUACGUCACAUUCUAUGGCAUAUUCAGAAAAGGUAGUUAUACAAAGUGACUACCUGUCAGAUAAAUAUAUUAAAGCAAAAAGUGGAGUAGAAAGAGUAAAAUAUUAUAAACUUAAGGCUUCGUUGCCUCCAUACUCUUUAAACAAUUGUUUAAAAAUUGCAACAGUUACUGUAAUUGGUAUAUUUAAUAGACCAACAUUUAUUGCAUUUGCAUUUCCUCCAAUUUUUUUUUGGUUACAAAGAGGUUUAGGUUCAAAAAGUGUAGGUUUUGUAGAUUUUCAUAUUCGAAUAUUUACUUUCAUUGCUUGUGGAAUACCUACUACUGUUUUUUUCAUUAUAAUUGAUAGUUUUUAUUUUGGCUACUUAACAAUGGCAGAAAUAGGUAAUCUAGACAUCGGUAUGAGUAACUUUGUAGUAACUCCACUUAAUUUUCUCAAAUACAAUUCAAAUACUAAAAAUUUGCAAAAUCAUGGUUUACAUCCUCGUUAUAUACACUUGAUUGUAAAUGUACCUCUUUUAUAUAAUAUACUAGGAAUUGUUGGUCUUCUUACAUUUGGAAAAAUGAUACACAGUGGUUUAAAAGCCAAAUGGUUGGAUUUACCACGUAUACAAAGUGUUGUUGGUUUGAUGACAACAUCUUUUAUCAUACCUAUCAUAUUGUUAUCAAUUUUUCCUCAUCAAGAACCACGAUUUAUAAUACCAACAUUAUUACCAUUAGCUUUCUUAUAUGCACCAACUAUUAGUCAAGUAUCCGGAGUUGACACCAUUUCUCGAAUUACAGAAAAUAACGGGUAUCAAACUACUGUUGCAGCAAAGAAUAAGCUUAAUAAACUGCAAAUCUUUUGGUUUACAUGCAACAUAUUAUUAACGUUUUUCUACGGAUUUGCCCAUCAAGGUGGUGUUUUACCUUUAACAUCUCAUAUAGCUACUGAAUUAAAAGCAAAACCAGAACUUACCCAUAUACAUUUAUUUACAUCGCAUACUUAUCCCAUACCAACAGCACUUUUACAUUUGAGAAAUACUAAAAGGACAUACAUAAGCAGUGGAAAUCAUAAAUAUAAAUUAAUUAAAGAUUUUUAUCUUUAUGAACAAGGUUCAAAAUCUAUAAGAAAUGUCUGUAACAGCAUUGCUUUAAAACUUCAUGAAUGUGACCAUAACUAUAUUAUUAAAAAAGUACCAUAUAGAUUAUAUUAUGCUCUCCCUGCUACAGAUUUGGAAGAAUUUAUUUUUAUCCAGAAUAAUACAAAUUUGUUUAACUUUCAUAUUAUAAGUAAAUAUUACCCACAUGUUACCAUUGAAAAAUUACCAUUUUCGAAGAUUAUUAAUAGUUUUAUACGUUUAUCAAAUAUAAACAUACAUUCAAUACCACCAUUUAAAGAAACAAUAAAUGAUAUAUUCGAUGCUUUUCAACAAUUUCAAUUGUUAUUAAUACGAAUUGAAUAUUUAAUACCUAAUAAGCAUAAAUUUGUACAGACAUUAUAAAAGAAAUAUUGUUCAAUUUUUUAUAUCAGCAAAAUAAGAAAAGAAAAUAAAAUACAAAAUUUUACAAGCAUUAAACAAAUUUUAAAUUUCUUAGUAGUACAUAUUAUCCUUAAAAGAACGAAAUUUCUAAGAUCACUAGACGUAUUUUACAGAUAAUAAUAUUACAAUUAUAUAAUCUACAGUUUUUUAACCUCGUUGUAUUUGUUCUAUCCAAUAAUUAACUUAGUACAUUGUUGUUUUAUGUAGAAAAAUA